GAUGUGAGGAGUGCAGUAAGCAGUUCUGUAGGUGGCGCGAUCUGAAGAAACACAUGCGCACUCACACAGGGGAGAAGCCCUAUAGGUGUGAGGAGUGCAGCAGGCAGUUCAGUGACUUGAGUAGGCUGAAGGUCCAUAUGCGCACUCACACAGGGGAGAAACCCUACAAGUGUGAGGAGUGCAGCAGGCAGUUCAGUCGGCUGGGUCAUCUAAAGGAGCACAUGCGAACUCAUACAGGGGAAAAGCCCUACAAGUGUGAGGAGUGCAGCAGACAGUUCAGUCGACUGGGUCAUCUAAAGGGACACAUGCGGACUCACACAGGUGAGAAAGGCUACAGGUGUGAGGAGUGCUGCAGGCAGUUCAGUGAGCUAGGUACUCUAAAAACUCAUAUGCGAACUCACACAGGGGAGAAACCUUACAGGUGUGAGGAGUGCAGCAAGCAGUUUAGUGAGCUGGGUCAUCUGACGAAUCACAUGCGAACUCACACUGGGGAGAAACCCUACAAGUGUGAGGAGUGCAGCAGGAAGUUCAGUGAGCUAAGUAGUUUGAAGAAACACAUGCGAACUCACACAGGGGAGAAACCUUACAAGUGUCAAGAGUGUAGCAAACAGUUCAGUAGGCUGGAACAUCUAAAGGGACACAUGCGCACUCACACAGGGGAGAAACCCUACAAGUGUGAGGAGUGCAGCAGGCAGUUCAGUAAGCUAAGUAGUCUGAACAAGCACAUGCGGACUCACACAGGGGAGAAACCCUACAAGUGUGAGGAGUGCAGCAGGCAGUUCUGUCAGAUGGGCCAUCUGAAAACUCACAUGCGGAUUCACACAGGGGAGAAGCCAUACAAGUGUGAAGAGUGCAGUAGGCAGUUCAAUCAGAUGGGUCAUCUGAAAACUCACAUGCGGACUCACACAGGGGAGAAACCCUACAGGUGUGAGGAGUGCAGCAAGCAGUUCAGUCAGCUGGGUAAGCUGAAAAUCCACAUGCGGACUCACACAGGGGAGAAGCCCUACAGAUGUGAGGAGUGCAGCAAGCAUUUCAGUCAGCUCAGUCAUCUGAAGGAACACAUACGGACUCACACAGGGGAGAAACCCUACAAAUGCGAGGAGUGCAGCAAGCAGUUUAGUCAGCUUCAUCAUCUAAAGAUACACAUGCGAACUCACACAGGGGAGAAACCGUACAUGUGUGAGGAGUGCAGCAAACAAUUUAGUCAGCUGUGCAAUCUAAAGAGACACAUGCGGACUCACACAGGGGAAAAACCUUACAAGUGUGAGGAGUGCAGCAAGCAGUUCAGUCAGCUUGGUCAUCUUAGGGGACAUAUGCGAACUCACACAGGGGAGAAACCCUACAAGUGUGAGGAAUGUAGGAAGCAGUUCAGUGAGAUGGGUGAUCUGACGAAACACAUGCGGACUCACACAGGGGAGAAACCCUACAGGUGUGAGGAGUGUAGCAAACAGUUCAGUCAGCUGAGUAAUCUGAAGACUCACAUGCAGACUCACACAGGGGAGAAACUCUACAAGUGUGAGGAGUGCAAUAAGCAGUUCAGUGAGCUGGGAAGUCUGAAGGGACACAUGCGAACUCACACAGGGGAGAAACCCUACAGGUGUGAGGAGUGCAGCAGGCAGUUCAGUCACCUGAAUCAUCUGAAGAGUCACAUGCGAACUCACACAGGGGAGAAACCCUACAAGUGUGAGGAGUGUAGCAAACAGUUCAGUGAGCUGGGUAAUCUGAAGAAACAUAUGCGGACUCACACAGGGGAGAAACCUUACAAGUGUGAGACCAUGGUAUACUUCCGGGUCAUGAGACGCAACUUCCUGUUUACUGAAGAAACGGCGUGGGUUUGGAAGUUUUUCUUCGUCUCGAAGAUCUCAUCGACAUUUAGCGGUUUUAGCGAUCCGACUGACGUUGUCGUGCAGGUCUGCUGGUGUUCAAGUUUGUUCAGACGUUGUUCUCGAGCUAGGAGGAUGGCAUCAACAAGCAACGUGCGGAGUUUGGAUGACGUCAGGAGAAAUGCGAAAGAAGAUGGAUCUGUGCGACCUGGCACUUACAAGUGUGAGGAGGGCGGCAGAGACAAGAAGUGCUACAGGUGUGAGGGGUGCAGCAAGCAGUUCAGUCAGCUGUGUAGUCUUCAGUCUCACAUGCGGCGUCACACAGGGGAGAAACCCUACAAGUAUGAGGAGUGCCUAAAACAGUUUAGUCAGCCGGAUAAUCUGAAGGCUCACAUGCGGACUCACACUGGGGAGAAACCCUACAGGUGUGAGGAUUGUAGCAGGCAGUUCAGUAGGCGGAAUGAUCUGAAGAGACACAUGCGAACCCAUACAGGGGAGAAACCCUACAGGUGUGAGGAGUGCAGCAAGCAGUUCAGUUUGCAGGGUAGUCUGAAGGCUCACAUGCGGACACACACUGGAGAGAAACCCUACAUAUGUGAGGAGUGCAGCAGGCAGUUCAGUGAGCUGCAUCAUCUGAAGAGUCACAUGCGAACUCACACAGGGGAGAAACCCUACAAGUGUGAGGAGUGCAGCAAGCAGUUCAGUCAGCUGGGUGAGCUGAAAAUCCACAAGCGGACUCACACAGGGGAGAAGCCCUACAAAUGUGAGGAGUGCAGCAGGCAGUUCAGUGAGCUAGGAAGUCUGAAGAAACACAUGCUGACUCACACAGGGGAGAAACCCUACAAGUGUGAGGAGUGCAGCAGGAAGUUUAGUCGGCUGAAUCAUCUGAAGAGUCACAUGCGCACUCACACAGGGGAUAAACCCUACAGGUGUGAGGAGUGCAGCAGGCAGUUCAGUCAUCUAGGUUCCCUGAAGACUCACAUACGGAUUCACACGGGGGAGAAACCCUACAAAUGUGAGGAGUGCAGAAGGCAGUUCCGUCAGCUAGGCGCACUAAACACUCACAUGCAAACUCACACUGGUGACAAACCCUACACAUGUGAGGAAUGCAGCAGGCAGUUCAGUGAGCCGGGUCAUCUAAAGACACACAUGCGGACUCACACAGGGGAGAAACCGUAUAGGUGCGCGAGGAGUGCAGCAAGCAGUUCAGUCAGCCGGGUAAUCUGA